CCCCCUUCCCCCUGCUUUUACUCCCCCUUUUUGAGAUAUAAAUUACUUUGUAUGAAUAAAUUAAUUUGUAUUGAUAAAAUAAUUUAUAUUAAUAUCCCAAGGGAUUUCAUUAUUGAUAUUUUCCAUUAUUGUUGCUCUGUAAAAACCCAAAUAAUUCGGUUUCUGUCCCAGAUCCAGCCCACAGAGCGGGUUUUGUGAAGCCCCGCGCAGGCCGGGCUGUGUUGCCGCCGUUAAUUAGCGGGCUGGGUUAAUUGCGGUGUAAUUGGCGCAGAUGAGCAGCAGCAGCGCUAAGAGGGCUCCCACCACGGCCACGCAACGGCUGAAGCAGGAUUACCUGAGGAUCAAAAAGGAUCCUGUGCCUUACAUCUGCGCCGAGCCCCUGCCCUCCAACAUCCUGGAAUGGCACUACGUGGUGCGAGGGCCUGAGCUGACCCCAUAUGAAGGUGGAUAUUACCACGGAAAAUUAAUAUUCCCUCGAGAAUUCCCGUUCAAACCCCCCAGUAUUUAUAUGAUCACCCCCAAUGGAAGGUUCAAGUGCAACACGAGGCUGUGUCUGUCCAUCACGGAUUUCCACCCGGACACCUGGAACCCUGCCUGGUCCGUGUCCACCAUCCUGACGGGGCUGCUGAGCUUCAUGGUGGAGAAGGGGCCCACCCUGGGCAGCAUCGAGACCUCCGAGUUCACUAAAAGGCAGCUGGCUGCACAGAGCUUAGCAUUUAAUUUAAAAGAUAAAGUCUUCUGUGAGCUCUUCCCUGAAGUGGUGGAGGAGAUGAAGCAGAAGCAGAAAGCCCAGGAGGAGCUGAGCUCCAGACCUCCCUCGCUGCCCCUGCCCGACGUGGUGCCGGACGGGGACGCACACCUGGGGCACAACGGCCACCCCCUGGCCCACGGGCCCGCGGCCCCGCUGCCCGGGCAUGCCAGGGGGCUGCAGCAGCCCCCCAGGAACCACGGACUCUUGGGGGGAGCCCUGGCGAACUUGUUUGUCAUCGUGGGCUUCGCCGCCUUUGCCUACACAGUCAAGUACGUGCUGAGGAGCAUAGCCCAGGAGUGACGUCCCGCAGGAGACCAAAUUUUACUGGGGUUUUGGGGGGAUUUGGGCUCUUCGGGGGCAAUUUUGGGGUUUUUUUGGCCUUCCCGGGUGGAAUUGUGGUGGAAUUUUGGGUUGGGAAUCAAAGCGUUGUUGGGGAACCACCUUGGUUUGUAGAGUUCUCCUCCAUCUGUGGUUUCAACAUUGAAGAUCUUCAGCAAAUUUUGACUCCAUUGAGUUUUCAAUCCAAGAUGAGUGGGACACUUUGGAAUGGGACACUUUGGGUGGAGAAUUUGGGGACUUUUGCCCUUUUGGGGUUCUAGUGGGGUUUUGGGUUCUGCUGCUCAUCGUGGGCUUUGCCGCCUUCGUCUACACAGUCAAGUACAUGCUGAGGAGCAGAGCCCAGGAGUGACGUCCCGCAGGAGACCAAAUUUUACUGGGGUUUUGGGGGGAUUUGGGCGGGGGAUUCUGGGGGUUUUGCCCUGCCUGGGUUGUGGUGGGACUUGGGGAACCACCUUGGUUUGUGGAGUUCCUCCAUCUGUGGUUUGAACAUCAAAGAUCUUCAGCAAAUUUUGACUCUGUUGAAUUUUCAAUCCAAGAUGAGUGGGACACUUUGGAGUGGGACUUUUUGGGUGAAAAAUUUGGGAUUUAGCCCUCCUGGGGUUUUUUGGGUUGGGAUGUCAAAAGGAUUUUUGGGGAACCACCUUGGUUUGUAGAGUUCUCCUCCAUCUGUGGUUUGAACAUCAAAGAUCUUCAGCAAAUUUUGACUCGGUUGAGUUUUCAGUCCAGGAUGAGUGGGACACUUUGGAACGGGACUUUUUGGGUAGAAAAUUUGGGAUUUUUUUGUCCUUCCUGGGUUGUUUUGGGGCUUUGGGUUCUGCUGCUCAUCGUGGCCUUCACCCUUUUCCUUCAGUUCUUUAAAAAAAAAAAAUCAAAAUUCCUUUGGGAUCCAGGAAAUAUUUUUGUCCCCAAAUCCCAACCCCAAAAUUCCUUUGGGAAUUUUUGAAGCAAAACCCCAGAUUUGCUCCCUUUUCCUUCAAUUCUUAAAAAAAAAAAAAAAAAAAAAAUUCCUUUGGGAUUUGGAGGAAGAUUUGGGACUCCAGGAUUUGGGAAUGGAAUUUUUAAUUCCCAUUUUUUUGGGGGUUGAUUUGUCUUUUCCUGGGAAUUCAAUUUUUCCUCAUCCCAAAAAAUCCCAAAAAAAAUGAAAUUUCAGCCUCUCCCUCAGGAGAAAAUCUUGGAAUAAACCCUUGAAAUUCCAGGUUGUCAUUCCAUGGAUUUAAAAAUUUGGGAAUUUUUCCACAGAUUCUUCCAUUUCAUAAAAAUUCCUGAAUUUUUGGGGGGAUUUUUUCCAUUUUUUCCUGGAGAUUCCUGAAUUUUCCCAGGAGUGGAAAUGGUGUAAAGUGAUUUAUUCCAAAUAAAAUUCCAUCAAAAUCGA